AUGAAGAAUCCAGAUAUAAGAAAUUCUCGAUUGAAACAUAAGGGCAGAAACCCUCGUGAACGCGAAAAGCUACGUCACGGGGACAUUAUCAAAAGCGAACUAUAUACUUGGCGUGUUAUAAAUCUACUCGGUUCCGGAGGAUUCGGAGAUGUUUAUCGAGUUAUUAAGUUGAAUAGUGAUGAUAAUCAGGCUUAUGCUAUGAAAACUGAAGUGACAACCGGCGAUAGACGUCUUCUUCGUUUGAAAGUUGAAGUUACAGUCUCAAUGCAAGUUUUGGAAAGAUUUUCACAGGAUGAGCGUAAACAUUUCGUUGAGUUCGUUGAUCGAGGAAUGACGGAUCAUUUCAAAUUCUUUGUCAUGAGUCUGAUUGGACCAAGCCUCGAAGACGUACGUCGUAAUUUCUUGCUCCGCAACUAUUCCAAACCAACAGUCAUGGUCACUGCCGUGCAAACUUUGAAAGCUAUUGGUUUACUUCAUCAAUUGGGAUGGAUUCAUCGCGAUAUAAAACCACAAAACUUUGCUGUUGGAGUUGACGAUUGCGAGAAAAUAAUUUAUAUUCUGGAUUUCGGAAUAGCUCGUAGAUUCUGCGAUGAUAACCGAGUCAUUAGAACUCCAAGGUUGAGUGUGAAAUUCAUGGGAACAAUACGAUUCGCCUCAAGAGCAGCUCAUAUUGGAUUGGAACAAGAUCGCAAAGACGAUUUAGAAACUUGGCUAUAUAUGGUAUUUGAUUUGUUCGAUGACAGUGACGGGCUUCCAUGGAAAAGAGCUGUAGAUCGAGCUGAUGUCAUACGACUCAAAAAACAUUUAAUGGAAGGGAAAGACGUACCGCGAAGAACCUUUUCUGUAACUCCACCUGAGUUCAAAAUUCUCAUUAAGUAUAUUGGCGAUUUGAAAUAUGGAGAUGACCCGGAUUACAAAUAUAUACAUAAUAUGCUUGAAUACAUAGCUACUACUAACGAUAUAGCCUUGGAUCGACGCUUGGAUUGGAUUGGAAAAUUACAUUCGAAACAAACCCAUAACGCAAGAGAGAGAAAUGAACAUCCUCAUAAUCAGCGAACAUCAACUGAAGACUCGGAAUAA